UAAUAAUAUCUCCACAUCCUCUUAAUCUCUUACUUAUUACAGUAACAUCACUCACUUCACUCACUAUUCAUUGUACGGUAUUAACACCAACUCUCACUUUGCUUGCACUUUUCUGGAAAGAAAAGAAAUCUCAAUAUGUUGUGAACCCUUUUUCUUCCCACACAUGAAUAAUUCCAUUUCCAGCAAUGGCUACCUCUUGCAGCUCCAUCUUAGGAUUUUCUCAAAAACUUCAUAAUUAGAUGGUAUCAAACUCAUUCCUUCUCUUCAAUUCCUUUCCCUAGCAAACCCUUUAUUCUUAUAUGUUUCCUCUUUCUUCUCCAUCUUUGACAUUUAAUUAUCAAUAGAAGAAGAAACGAAAAAUAAUGAAAGCCAAGCCACACCAUGCACUGUUGCUUUCAGCUUUCAGGUUUCAUUUAUCUCUUUCGAGUUAGUUAGGUUUUUAUCCACUUUCUUCACUACUCAAUUUCUAGCUAGUUAAUACCACAAAUCCUAGAUACCAAUUAACCAAGCUAAAACCAAAGCAACAAGGGUUUUUGAAGAAGCUUCAGAUCUUCAUCAAAUCAUGGAUUUGGUUUCUGAAUCAACAAACCCCACCACUCCAACAACAACCCCCUCACCAAACAACAAUGGUUUGAGUUCAAGCAGGUAUGAGAACCAGAAGCGGCGAGACUGGAACACGUUCUGCCAGUACCUGAGGAACCACCGGCCACCGCUCUCUAUGGUGACGUGCGACGGCGCUCACGUGCUGGAGUUCCUCCACUACCUUGACCAGUUCGGGAAGACCAAAGUUCACAACCCCACGUGCCCUUUCUUUGGUCUCCUGAACCCUCCAGCGCCUUGCCCGUGCCCUCUCCGGCAGGCGUGGGGGAGCCUCGAUGCACUCAUCGGGCGCCUCCGCGCCGCAUAUGAAGAGAACGGGGGCAGGCCAGAAACCAAUCCGUUCGGCGGCCGCGCCGUGAGGACUUACCUCCGUGAUGUGCGUGAUUUUCAGGCGAAGGCAAGAGGAGUUAGCUAUGACAAGAAGAGGAAGAGGCCAAAACCUAACAUGAAUACUAGUACUAGUUCUAGUAAUAGUACUAGUGUUACUGCUUCUCCCACCACUACCUAGUCAAACUCAACCUUCAAAACAAAGGGUCCUUCAUGCAUAAAUGAUGCAGGAUUUUGUGGCAUUGAAAUCUGAGUUCAACAGAAAUUCAAGCAUACAGUACUCAAUCAGAUGCGGCAUGUUGUUGAAAUUGUUCGUGCAUCAUUGUUCAGAUGAGUAGCUAGGAUUGGUACCACUGGAGUUAUAUUCUAUGCAAACUGAUGCAUUCUAAUACAGUACUCCAAGUAAUAUUUGCUUAUUGUUGAUUUGUAUUGAGAUUAAUAGUCAUAUGUAUACACUCUAAAGCGUGUUCUGGACUUGCACUUCAAUCUUAUCUCUAGCGACUCAGCCUCUUAUUGAAAAUGAUUAAAAUCUACAUAUGAUUAGCACUUUAUCUGGUUAUUAAUGUGAGCAAGGUAAUUGUUGUAUUUGUGUGUUUUUGGCUAUUAGUUAUAUGAAGGUUUUACUUUUCUUACUUUCUUAAUAAAACAUACAGAAUUACUCUUUCUGUGUC